GUAGCAAUUCACAAUGCGAUUCUGGAAUGCCUUGGUCCCAAUCGCUCUACUUCCUAUUGUCACUGCUAAUUUCCACCUUGUCCUGAUCUGGCUCGAAGCGUACGACUCUUCUACAGUCCCAAGUAAUUUGAUGCCCUCUUGGGUUUUAGUCCCGUCGAACCGAGAUCGUUGCGACCCCGCAACUAAACCGGAUUCCGAGUUCUUCAAGUGGCGCACCAACUUCUCGUCAGAACCGACCGCCCCACUUUGCGGUUCUUCUGGUGUUACGGUUUCUAAAUAUGGCGCCGGCUGGAACGACUCGCGAGGACAAACGGGAGAGUGUUUCCCGAUUAACAACGGCAAGGGGUAUUUCAUAGUGUGCGGACAGAAGGACACAGGCAUAUGGUUGGUCCUUGAUAUGUACUGGUGCAAGUCGGACUGGUGCAAAGGACGUGGCGACCAGUGAUCAAAGCAGAAAUCAGAAAUCUUCGGCAUCUAAGACUUGCUUGUGUAAGCCACAAAUUGUCGUGCAACACUCUCGACAACAAACUUGUUAUGUAACCAAGAAAUUGAGAAAUUGCGU